CGGGGCGGAGCGGGACGGGGCCGGGGACGGACCGGGCCGGUGCCGCCGCCAUUUCCGGGCCCGCCCCGCCCCGCCAUGGCCGCGCGGUUGCUGCUGAGGGCGGCCAGCGCCGUGCGGCCCGGCCCGGCCCGCGGGUACGCCAAGAAGCCGGGCGGGAAGGCCAAGGGUAAGAGCGUGCUAAAGGAGGAGCUGAAGGGGCCGGAGGUGUGCACGGACCCCGUCAAGCUGGCCACCUAUGCUGUGGGCGUCAACUACCACAAGGACAGCCCUGAUGUGGCCCUGAAGCCCGACUCUGAGUACCCCGACUGGCUUUUCCAGAUCCACCUGGGGCCCCCCAAGAAGCUGGAGGAGAUGGACCCCGACUCCAUCGAGUACUGGAGGCGCCUGCGGAAGUACAACACGUGGCAGCGCAACCGGCUGAAGAAGGGCAAGAAGCUGUAGGUGCUGUGGACCUCGUGGCACCGCAGCUGCCCUGAGUGCCACAUGGAUGGCACUGGGACCAGCUCCCAUUGUUGGUCUCUUAUUCUUGCUGUGAACUGGUAAUAAAUCUCUGGCGAGGCUGAUGCCUCUUAC